AGCGGGCCGGCGGGAGGAGCAUAUGCGAACCCGGAGUUGGUGGUGUUUUGAUUGGGUCCGCUCACGCCAGCUCCCUGAUCCAUUAACCUGCGUCCUUCUGCCCCGCCCGGGCAGAGAAAGGGGGAGGGGGAGGCGGCAACGGGUGGACAUCAACAGAAGCCCAGAGACGGCUGUAGGGUGCGGACACUUACCGCUGGUGGGGGUGGGGAGGCAAAGAUAGUACCUGGCAAUUUAUAUCUUCAAAUCUAUAUGACUUUGUCCCUCUUCGCGAUUGUGAAUCAUCAGUGGAAGAUUUCUGAUUGGCCAAGUCGAAGUGGACUAGAGGCAUUAGCUUUGACCGGAGACCAUGAGUGAGCUUGAGCAGUUGCGCCAAGAGGCAGAGCAGCUACGGAGCCAAAUAAGGGAUGCCAGGAAGGCAUGUGGAGACUCUACACUGACCCAGAUUACAGCGGCCCUCGAUCCAGUCGGGAGGAUUCAGAUGCGUACAAGGCGCACGCUAAGGGGUCACUUGGCUAAGAUCUACGCCAUGCACUGGGGAACUGACUCCAGACUGUUAGUCAGUGCAUCACAGGACGGAAAGUUAAUCAUCUGGGACAGCUACACCACAAACAAGGUUCACGCCAUUCCACUCCGGUCAUCUUGGGUUAUGACUUGUGCUUACGCCCCAUCUGGUAACUACGUGGCCUGUGGUGGCCUGGACAAUAUUUGCUCUAUCUACAGCCUAAAGACCCGUGAGGGGAAUGUGCGUGUUAGCAGGGAGCUGCCAGGACACACAGGUUACCUGUCCUGCUGCCGUUUUCUAGAUGAUAACCAGAUUGUUACGAGCUCUGGCGAUACAACUUGUGCCCUGUGGGAUAUUGAAACUGGGCAGCAGACAACCACAUUUACAGGCCACAGCGGAGAUGUCAUGAGCCUCUCCCUAUCGCCAGACUUCAAGACUUUUGUGUCGGGAGCUUGUGAUGCAUCGGUCAAGCUGUGGGACGUGCGUGACAGCAUGUGCCGGCAGACUUUCACUGGCCACGAAUCGGAUAUCAAUGCUGUUUGUUUCUUCCCAAAUGGGAAUGCCUUUGCCACAGGAUCAGACGAUGCCACCUGCCGAUUGUUUGACCUGCGGGCAGACCAGGAGCUGAUGAUGUAUUCGCAUGACAACAUAAUCUGUGGAAUCACGUCCGUGGCAUUCUCCAAGAGCGGCCGUCUCCUGCUGGCUGGCUACGAUGACUUCAACUGCAACAUUUGGGACUCCAUGAAGGGCGACCGUGCUGGAGUCUUGGCUGGCCAUGACAACAGGGUUAGCUGCCUGGGAGUGACGGACGAUGGAAUGGCUGUGGCAACAGGAUCUUGGGACAGUUUCCUCAAAAUCUGGAACUAACCAUGACUUAAAGUGGGUGUCAUCGAUGCAAAAGAGAGAAAAGAGAAAAAAUAAGCCUCGAUUAUUUAGAUUCUGAAAACUUCAUGCCCGCCCUCCCUCCUGUCCUCCCAGCUUCCCUCCUUUCCACCCUCCCCCUCAAGAAGAAUCUACAGGGCAUGGGAGGCAAGGAAGAAGAGGAAGGAUGUGCCUGUGACAAAUGGAUCCUACCCCCUCUGCUCCCCCCAAAAAAAAGUACCCCGCCCAAAAAAUCCCACAGAUAUAAUCUGUUGAGGGUGAAAUUUGUUGCUACAGUAACAAAGCAAAAGGCUUGAAAAAGAAAUGGUUUGCACAAGGCUCUUUCUGGGGGUAGAGAAACUGUAAGUGGAUGGAAAGACUGCAAUCAAUUUUUUUUUUAAAAAGAGGAAAAACUUAAACUGACCCAGAUUUCUUGUGAGCUACUGGCGUCGGUCUAAGCUUUCGUCACCAGAAUUUGUUGUUUGUGCGCUCCUGGUUCCAGGUUUUGCGUGUGAAUGCAUGAGAGCGAGAGUGUGUUUCUUUCAAAAUCAUAUUGUGACUGAUGUCUCCUUUGAGCAAUGUUACUCUUCUGUUCCCCGUGUCCUGCCUCACAGUGAAUGAGAUGUGUUAAUUUUCCACAAAUAAAUGGCCCAUGUGCAGUAAAGGAUCACAGCUAUUGGUUAGUGCUAGGUGAGGAUGACACUCCAGGGUAUGUGCUGUUGUUGUCUGUAUUGCUUCUCCACCCUUGAGUCCCACUCACCUUAACUUUCAACCUUCACUCCCACCCUACCUCUAGCAUUUUCUCCCUUUCUUUAAAAUCAGCCAAAUCCUGACCGAUGUUUCUGCUUAAUUGCUUUCUCCCACUGUGCGAACGUCUGAGAUCUGUGCAUGGCAGCAGCUUCUGAAACCAGAAGUCAAUGCAUUGGUAUGUUCAUUGUUGUGCAUGGAACGUCUGAGAGGUCACACACGCAACUUUAGAGACAACUCUUGUCCUGACUGGUUCUGUGCCGUAUCCUCCUCAAUCGCAGAAGUGAAUCCUUUUUGCCAUUCUCAUGCCAUUAUUGCAUUGUAUGUUAAUAAAAGAGCAAUCACUUUCACUUAAUAACAGGAUACUUCUGACACGAAGGCUCCUUAUGUGCUUACCUAUGAUGACAAUAUAGUCCAAAGCAUUUGAAGGAAGCAGCUGGCAGUUCUUCCUCUGGUAAUAGGUGAAUUGGAGAGGGCUGGGGCAGAGACAUCUCUGAUGGUAUUGGUCUUGGAUGGCCUGGUGCUGUGUUUUAUUUUUGCUGUUUUGUAGUGAGACCAUUAAAGGAGGCAACUGCAGUGAUGAAGCGGCUGGCAUCCGCAUUUCCCCAUGCCCUUAGAAUCAGACUACAGCUGAUGCCUAUGACUUGAGUUUCUUUUCGUGGGGGAAUGGUGCUCUGUCUUGUUCCCUGUACAAGGUAAACCAGCCAUCACAAAUGUCCUGCACUGAUACCAACCCCACACCUUUUCCCAAAAUGAAAGUCUCUGGAGACAGAAGACUCUCUCCAUCAUACUUGGCGGAUAUUUCCAGAUAUUGGUAAAAAGCAGCUGUCUCUUCGGUGCUUGCAAGCUAUUGGAAGAAGAGAUGAGAACUGUGGGUGGUCAUUGUUUCCUGCGAUCCAGCGUUUGUGUAACUGACCGUCUUUAACAUGCUGUAGACAAGGGAGGAAACAUCUAGGGAAGUAUUUAGCCAAUAUGCACAGUGCUUAUAAUCUUCUGCUCACCCUCAUCAACUCAUCAUCUACCCCCACGAGCCGAUCCACCCAUCCAAGAUUGUUGUGAGGUUGUCAUUUGUCUCUGUUGGGAAGUGCAGCUGACACUUGCCCUCUCCCAAGUAUAUAUAUAUGUGUGUGUGUGUGUGUGUGUGUGUAUUGGGGUGGGGUGGGGGGGAGGGGGACAGCAUUGAUAAAGUUGGAAUACACUCCACACAUUCCCUCCUGUACUGUUCACAAGUGCUUGUGAACUUUGACCAUGACAGUACAUGAGCAGCAGGGUUGUUAACUUGCCACAACCAGCUGACUUGCAUCUCUUAACCUGAAUAUCUCAGCUCCCUCAGGUAGAUGUGAUGCUGAGGUAAGAGUCAAGUUUUAAUGGGAGUAUUGAAGUAAAAGAGAGGGUUUGGUGCAAUUUGUUCCACUGUAAUCUUGCCUUGACGUGUCUCUGUAGUCAAUCAAACAUCUGCUUUAAUACCAGUGUUGAUUUUGAUUUCCUUGCCUUUCUGACUGUUCGUGCAGUGAGCCAAAGCAUGGUGCUAUUCUGGUUAACAGACACUGUUAUUCCUUUAUUUGUUUAAUAUGUCGGUCAGUAACACUUUGCGACCUGGGGCACCUAGUGGUGCAUUGUGCCAUAAUCAUCACUCAUGCAACUGUUGCUCAGAGCAAUCCCACAAAAAAUUGGGGUGCCACUACUGAAGGGUUAGGUGGGUGGACUACAGUCGCUUGGCCAAGUUGACAGUCCACUUCACGAUUGUGUUAAUUGCUAUAUUAGCUUGCAGGGACUCUUAACACUCCCCAACCCCACAUUCCACAUCUUCAGCUGACAUUCUUGGAGAGUGAUAAAAGCAGCAGCCUGCCAAUCCAUCGUGGCCAGCCAGACUCUGGUUGUAGACAACCACUUUCCAAUCACCCACUGGGGAAGCCCAACCUGUUGCCAUUUCACUUAGUGAAACCAUCAGGGUGGGGGCUUGGGAGAACCCCUGAGGAAAUUCAACUUUGUGUUCAUCUUUGACUGGAUGCCAGUAAAUCAGCAUUUGGUAUUAGACUGCAAUUGGAGUUCUUACUGGAAGCAAAAGAUGAAGUUUGCAUGGGAACAUGCUUCCUGCUUUUUCCUUUGGCAAGGAGCAUGGGAGAUUCCUGAAACAGGAACACAGUUCCAGAAUAAGAACUAAGCCAUUUAGGACUGACGUAGCAGGGUUUUUUUGCACUCGGGGUUGUGAAUCUUUGGAAUUCUCUAUCACAGAGGGCUGUGUAGCCAGUCAUUGAGCGUAUUCAAAGCAGAGAUUUUGUGUGACUAAAGCUUUCAAGUAAAAUGGGGAUAAUGUGGGAUAAGUGACUUAAAUGAAGAUCCGCUGUGAUCCAGGUAACUGGUGGACCAUGCUCUAGGGGCUGAAUGACCAAGUUCUAUAUUCCGGUGCUCUUCAGGAAUAACUCUCUGAAAUUCUGCUAUUGAUCAAGAACGUUUAAGCAAACUGAACGUCUUGGAAAAGAGAUGGCUGACGAAUGACCUAUUGAAGGUCUUUAAAGUGCAGAAAGAUUAAGGUUGAGUGAAUCCCCGAGAAUGUUUCCUCUUGUGGGAAAAGAAGAACUAGAGGCCUUAGGAUAAAAGGCAAGAAAUCCUAUUGAAUAUUCAGGAGAAAUAUUCCCUCUGGACAGUGGGAACUCUCAGACUGAGUUUGAGUAUGGAUGCAUUUAAAGAGUAACGUGAGGGAGAAUGGGAUAGAGAGAUUUGUGCUGAUGGUGAGAUUUGAAAGAGCAGAAAGAAGAAAGUAUAAAACCAGUACUGGUUUGGGUCACGUGUCCUGUUUCUGUGCUGAGCUAUGCUGUGCAACUGCUCCGUUCCCUCAGUUCGUUGAGUUUGAGUCGAAUGGUUAAUUAGAUAGGUCAUUUGGUUGUAUUGAUCACCCCAGAGGGAGCAUGAGAGUAGUGAGUGAGUGCAGAAUCUAGUUCUUGGUGAUCGCUGGUGACAGCUAUUGUUUGUGAGAUCCAGCCUGCUUAAGAAAUCUUCAUUAUUAUUACUUCUCCCCACCCAGAGCCAUAUGAUCAUUCUUAAAAGGAGUUGACCAACUGUGUCUUUGUCUUAUUUGAAGAUCUUUCUGUUGCCUGUUGGGAGGACGCAAGUCAGUGCCUUGCAUGUUUGAAUUCUUUCCCAUAAUGGAGAAAUGUUGCCAAUGUUUGAAGAAAAGGAUGUUUGGAGGGUAGGGGUGCUUGUGAAUGAAGAUUUCAUGCCCCAAAAGACUGCAAUGGAUGCUGCCUGAUCUGCAUACUAUCUCUGUUUUCCCUAUUUUAAUAUACUUUUGAAUCCACUUCCAUUCUUGCAUAGCCAAAAUUUCUCUCUCAACCAAGUUCACAAACAAAAAUCUGGCCAGUUUCACAUUUGUCUUUGGGAUCCUGCUUUGCACAGAUCAGAUGCUGCACCUCCUACAGUGCAAAAGCACUUCACUGGCUGUAAAGAGCCUGUCCUUGCUCCAUCUGAAAAAGACACCGCACUGCCAUCUUUGUUUCCAGAGUGAUAGGAAACAGUUUUACUGCUGGUUGCCUGAAGGUUUGCACAUCAAUUGUGUAAGAAAGGUUUAUUGUUUUUUCUUAAAAGUAUAGUUUUUUUUGAAAGUUCCACCUCUAGUGGGAAUCCUAUGAAGCACAGUAGCCGUCAUUGGACCACUAGACCUGUGAAAGUUUCUGCUGUCUUUUCAAGCAAAUCCGUUUUGUUCAUUGUGUUGUCAGGUGAAUUUAGUCAUCAUUCAACAGAUUCUCUCCUAACUGUAGCCUAUCUUGAGAGAUGGGGUCUGAGAGUUGCAAGUAUAAUACUUCAUGUCCUGUUGACCUUGGUCAAUACUCUCUCUCUUCUCUUUCUUCUCCCUCUCUUCUGCCCAAUGUCAUCACAACAUCCUGCUUUGAUUGGGCAAGGAAUCUUUCUAGAGAGUGGCCGUUCCACCUAUCCCAAAAGGUAAUUGGGAUAUGGAUGCGUCCAGUCGACUACAGACUGUAGCAGGCAUUUGGUGGUUUCUGCAUGCAAACCACCCUGCUUUUUUUUUCUCCUUCCACACUCUCCUUCAUUGUGAGCCGAGCCCAGUUGCACGGUUGAGGGGUAUGUUGCAAUGACUUGGCACUGUAUGAUGUAGCCAACGGAGGAGGGGUAACAUUGGCUGAUUUGGCUAGAUUGUAAAGUAUCUAAUAUGUAAAAUGCACAGUUGAUGUUGUGUCACUAGUUGAGUACAUCUGAUACAUUAGUUUAGUAAGCCCUGCCAUGACAACAAAUUAGGCGCAAAUGAUCCAUUGAGAUUUUCUAAUGAUAUGUGCUGUAGAUAGUGACCAAGAGGUCCCAACUCCUGUUCCAGUUGGAUUAUCCUCAACUAAAACCCUAAAAGCAAUUGAACAAAAGCUUGGGUCAAGGGGAUGUCCAGGGUUUAAUGUUCUGUUGAAAAACUGAAAUCUCCUUCCAGUGCUAACACUUUGCAAACUGUUAUGUUUGCUGGAUUAAACAUGGGAGACUAAGGGGCAGGACUUGAUAUUCUGCUGCAGGGUGGAGUGAGAAAGUGGAAAGGAUAAUUUGGAGGAGCCAGUGAUGUUCUUUUAAUUCUUUGAGGGGAGCUGGGGAUCAGUAACUAGGUCAGUAUUUGGUAACCAUUCUCACUUGCUACUUGGGAAAGUGGUGAGUCACCACCUUGAAUUGCUGCAGUCCAUGUGGUGCUAUAACAGUGUUGUUAGGCCGUCCCAACAUUUUGAUCCAGUGAUUGUAAAGAAACAGCAGUAUAUUUCCAAGUAAGAAUUGUGUAUUGCCUGGAAGGGAACUUGUGGGUGCUGAUGUUUCCAUAUAUCUGCUGCCCUUGUCUUUUUGAUGGGUUUGUAAGGUGCUCUCAAUGAGUUGUUGCAAUGCAUCUUGUAGAUUGACUUGUGCCAUAUAGUUAGGCUUUCGGGGUGUUAUGAUGUGAAUUACUUGCUGCAUAACUCUCAGCAUCUGACUGGCUGUUGUAGCUGUGGUCAUUAUAUGGCUUGUCCAUCAGUUUCUGGUCAGUGGUAGUGCUGAAGGACAUUGGUGGUGAGAGAUUAAGCACUGCGAUUGCCAUUGAAUUUUAAAUACCAGUGAGAGGAGGAUGUGCUAGGUCAAAAUCCUAAAACUCCCUCACCUGACAAGUCUAUGACCCUGUAUUAUAUUAAUAAAAAUUCUCUCUUAACAAAAGUCAUCGUGUUUGUUGAAGACCUGAAUAUAGUUUAUGGUUCCCAUACAUUUCUCUCUUCCCAUCCUCCUCCCACUUUGGAAGUGCUGGGCUUUCCCCACUCAUCAGAUUUUUAAAAGCCAUUUCUUAAAAAUAACUCCUGCAGCAUGUAUCGGCCUAACCAAACCCAUUACUGAGACAGGUCGCUUGUGUUUAAAAGGAAGAGAGGAAAGCAUUUUUCUUAAAACCGAUAAAAAGCCCGCUGUUGUAUGUUGCUGACUUUAACUUUGUAUAUAUUAUAUAUAAAAAAGAAGAAAUUUGUGCACAGUGUAACCACUGGGCUGCAGAAACAAAUGUUAGUGUUGUGUUGAAGGAUAAUGAAACAUUUUUAAAAAGAAAAAAACGUAUGUUUUUAGAGACUGUAUUUAUCUGUAGCUAUUCUUGUUGGUGGGUUUGCAUUGUGUAAUUUCUUGAAGAAAAUGUCAAUGAAUGAUAGGUAUGUGUUCUGAAUUUAGAUAUUUUGGGGAGGGAGGGGUGAGAAUGUAAACUCUGUCCUGAUGGGCCAGUUUUUUUUUAAAAAGUGUUUUAAGAAGUACAAUUUUUUUUUAAAAGACCCCAAGCACUCCAUCUUUACCAAUUGUCCUUGCAUUGAAUGGGGUUGUUUUCCUGACCACCCUGUUCCUUUACGGAGGCUGGUGAUGGUGCAGUAUAAAUAUAUAUAAAAAUAUAUAUACUUUUUUGGGUUAAUUUUGUUCUGGCACCAUUUCAGCAAAGGCAAAGUGAAGACAAAACAUGUUUGAAUUUUUCACUUUCUCUGCUCUUUGAUUUGAAUAAAGCAAUGUUCUGUGUUCUGUA